GCUAGCUUGGCUCUCCCUAAUUACAAUGCUAAUUAGCUAACUCGACACGUCCGGCCCGCUGCAUUCAGUACAGAGUGCGUACAUCUCUCGAAUGAGACCAGCACUCGCACCCCUGCUACUCGCAGCAUCGACUAGCCUGUCAGUCCGCCGCAUCACUGCAAAAAUGUCUGCGCAAGGCGUGCUCAUGACCAAAGCUGGCAAGGACGGCGCCCAGGGCGAUUGCCCUUUCACGCAGUACGCGGCAAUGUCAAUGCAACUCGCCGGCGCGACCUACCAAUUGCGACCGACGCCGCAAGCGGAAAAGCCGGCGUGGCACCUCGACGCGCACGGCGGGUCCAUGCCCUGCUGGGCGCCAAAUGGCUUUGAGGACGGCGCCGACGCGAUCGCGGACAGCGGCGGCAUCGCGAAGCACUUCCUGGCACCCUCGGCCACCGACACCGCAGUCCUUGAGUCCGUAGGCGGUCUGUUCAAGGGCAUCGCGAUGUUACUGAAGAACACCGACGACGCGAAGGAUGACGAGCUCCUGGCGGGGCUGGCCGAGCAGCUCGACGCGCUCGAAGCCUGCGCCUUCGCGCCGUACCUGUCCGGCGCGGCGCCGGGCCUCGCCGACGCCUUCGUCGCGACGAAGCUGUACGUGCUCCUCGUCGCCGGCGGUCACUACAAGGGCUUCGUGCUGCCGGAGAGGUAUCCGAAGGUUGCGCGCUACUGGGCCGCGGUCUCGGCGCACCCGGCCUUCUACAGGACGCGCUACCCCGAGGCGGAGAUGCUCCACGGCUGGGGCGAGGCGCGGGGCGAGGGGCCGGGCUGUGCCGUUUAACUGUGUCUGUCCCUAUA